AUGGCAUUCUUACUUCUCACAGGUUCAUCACUUCAUGCCUUAAUACGUGGUCGUAACAUGCCAUUAUCUCGCAUCAAUUUCGCAGUUAACGGUGUCUUCGUUAUUUUUACUGCGAGUCGAGCUUUGCUCUUGCUGUUUCAUCGCUACAUUAACAAAGAAAUACACCUAUCACCCUUGGCUUUCGAGCGAUUUCUAUUUAACGUAGGUUUUCCAUGUUUAGUAACUGCAUUCACUCGGAUUUGCUACCUUGGUCUGAAACAUGGAGUAAAUCACACACAGCUUGUAUUUGAUUUGGUGGUUGUGCAAUGUUACUUAUUCGUCAUCGCAGAAAGCUUAGAAACAAUGCUUCCCUGUGAUCAGCAUGUGGCACAAAACAUCAUUUCUUUACUGGCUGUCGGUUCUUUUAUGUGUGGACUGUGCGCCAUGAAUGUUUAUGGUAAGAUCUCCUAUGACGAUACUUCGGACGUCUGUACGCAGAUGGAAAAAUCGAACGUCGUGAGCGUAGAUAUCAUGGAAAGACCAAACUGCAAAACGGAAGGCAAUCGUAUGGAUAAGACGAGAAGUGAGAAUAGAGAAUCGACCGUCACUACUGUUAUAUCGUGUAUAGGCGGCUCCUGUGCUGUGAUGAAGCUGUGGGUUAUUUCAGGGAUUUUGAAGGUUUGGGACGGCGACAUGGAUAUGGAGAGUUGGUAUUCAUUGAUGUAUGCAAACAUACUUCGCAUGAUUGAGUUGGGAAAUUCUGCCAUGAUGUUGUAUCUCAUACACCGCCGCAUCACGCUCAAACGAAAGUCUUUUGUGCUGUAG